UAUGCUAUCCUGCACAUAUCCGCAAACACUCGACCUACACACCCAUAUCAUCUACUCCGCAGCCUUGCACAGCUGACCCCAACGGCUGCCUAGCCCCGCAUGGCUUCCCCGACACUGGCGCCACCCUCUCCGUCGGCGAGCUUCUACGACUUGAGCGAUGACGAGGAGGGCGAGUACAACACCAUACGUCAUACCAGCACUGGCAAGGGAGUCAAGCUGCUGUAUACAAAGAGCAAAGUCUACGUCCAUCCCACGCCCUCGUCCAAAGACAACAUCCCCGGAUUCAUAGCCCUCAUACAGCAACGCUCCAACCGGGCUGCCGCCGAUGCGCGUCCUGCUUCGUCGUCGUCCGCCCGAAGCAUCAGCGCCUCGUCGCUGCUCCUUUGCUGGAUUCCAGAGUCGAGCCUCGGCGAUGCAUACGAUACAUACGUCAAGGUCGAUCUCUCCGACUCGUCGUCGCCGCCCAAACAGUCGUACCUUGUUCCGCCGCCUCCCACACCGUCCACACACUCGGUAGCCCCCGGAUAUGCGUUUGCGCUGCCCGUCAGCGAGAUAUAUUCCAUCCUCAUACGGCCACCGAGCAUCGGAUGGUGGUUUGGAAGCAUCGUCGUCAACACGCGGGCUGGCGACAGCUUUCCCGCGCUCUUCUUCCAUGACAGCGAGUGCCAGUCGACCAUUAUGCAGAGGAAGAAGCUUGCAAAGGAGAGCUUCGAUCCGUUUGGCGACGGAGGCGGCAUGUUCUGGGGCGGCGACGAGGUGCUCCGGUGGCUGAAGCGAUACGUCACAGUCGAGCGAUCCGGCGCCGACCCGAGCAUAUAUCUCAUCGACCCUACCGAGGAAGACAAAAAGUCGUUUGGCAAGGGCGUGGCGCCGGCAAAGAGCACCGAGGGACAGGCAGAGGCUUCUUCUUCGCAGAGUGGCAAGAGAGACGGGGGCAUGGAUCCAGUCACCAAGGCGCUCAAGGAGGCGAGAUGGAAUUUCCUCGAGAAACUCAGCCAAGUCACCACGUUUACCCGGAGAACCGCGCAGGCUGUUGCAGACAACCCCAAGAUUCCGCCUCAAGUUAGGCGCUUGAUCCAGAACCCGGAGGUGCAAACGCUGCAAGAGGAGUUUGAUAGCGCGCGGCUGUAUCUGGCAAGAUGGGCCAUGGGCAUCGCGGAGCAGAGCGAAAGAGAGCGGAACCAGCGCAUAUGGACGGCAAAGGAUGUCUUGGCCAUGGAGGAAAGCGAUGUCGGCGACUUUGAGAUUCUGGACAUGGACAAGAUGACUAUGGCUGAUCGGAGAAAACCAGUCACCCUGACCGAAUGGAAGGGCUUCUUCGACCCCAAGGGACGACUGCAGUUGACACCGGAUGAAGUCAAGGAACGCAUCUUUCACGGCGGUCUGGAUCCUGACGACGGCGUGCGCAAAGAAGCGUGGCUAUUCCUUCUGGGCGUAUAUGAAUGGGAGAGUUCCGAGGAGGAGCGGCGCGCCCACGUCAACAGCCUUCGCGACGAGUACAUUCGGCUCAAGGGCGCAUGGUGGGAGCGCAUGGUUGAAGGCCAGCACACGCAAGAGCAAGAAGAAUGGUGGAGGGAGCAAAAGAACAGGAUAGAAAAAGAUGUACAUCGCACAGAUCGUAAUAUUCCCAUCUUCAGCGGCGAGGAUAUCCCCCAUCCUGAUCCUGACUCGCCCUUCGCCGACGUUGGCACCAAUGUCCACUUGGAGCAGAUGAAGGACAUGCUGCUUACGUACAACGAGUACAACAAGGAUCUUGGUUAUGUGCAGGGUAUGAGCGAUUUGCUCGCACCCAUCUACGCAGUCAUGCAGGACGAUGCAAUUGCCUUUUGGGGCUUCGUCGGGUUCAUGGCUCGCAUGGAGCGAAACUUUCUGCGCGACCAGUCUGGCAUGCGCAAGCAACUUAUGACGCUUGACCACCUGGUACAGCUCAUGGACCCCAAGCUCUACCUACAUCUCCAGUCUGCCGACUCGACAAACUUCUUCUUCUUCUUCCGCAUGCUGCUUGUUUGGUAUAAACGCGAGUUUGACUGGCCUGAUGUACUGCGGCUAUGGGAGUCUCUGUGGACAGACUACCUGAGCAGCAACUUUCACAUCUUCAUUGCGCUAGCCAUACUGGAGAAGCAUCGGGAGAUUAUCAUGGCGCAUCUCCAGCACUUUGACGAGGUGCUUAAAUAUGUCAAUGAGCUUUCCGGUACCAUGGACCUGGAGUCGACACUCGUCCGCGCCGAGUCCCUCUUCAAGAGGUUCCAGCGCACGGUAGAGACAAUCGAUAAGAAGGGCAACUUUCCCUCGGCGCCGCAAGCUAGGCAACGGAAGCUAGCUGCGGCAGUGGUUGCUGGCCCGGGCCGUGCGCCGCAAGAUCAAGCGACUAGCUCGGGUACCGAUAAGGGCAAGCGGGUUGGCGAAGAUGAACAAGAUACGAGGGUCAUCAGUCCAGAGCUUCGGGUAUUACUCAGCCGAAAAAUAAAGCUUGAAAAAGAUGCAAUCCAGGGGAAUAGCGGUGGGACUGGCAAGUAGGUUUGGUAGAGCGGGAUUUUCAUUCACAUAGGGCGUUUGGGAGAGUAGGGCACAUGAAGGCAUUCACUGCGGUUGGGUUGUUUGAUAGAGGGCCGUUGACGGCAGUAUGCUCUACAUUC